GACAGUACGUGACACGUCAGGCGGGUGGCUGUUUCCAAGGCAGCUGCUGCGUCAUGCGACCUAGGAGUCACGUGACCCUUCACCCAACUCCCGGGUUUCCGGUAUCUUCACAGAGGGAAUCUUUUUUCGGAUUAGGGAAAUAAGAGGCAAAUUUUCAAGUGAACGUUUUUUUAACAGAAAGUUGCAGGUUAAACAUCUGCAGCCGGAUUCGCAGCGAAGUGCUAACGUCACGGGGGGGGCCGCUCCAGCCGAAUGAUGGCUAGUAACAACGUGUCAUAUAACGACCAGGGGGAGCGGGGCCUGGGAGGGGAAUCGACCGAAUUGGGCCAAGAAGCGACGGCGAUGACUUCAGGAGCAGCGGCGGGCGCAGCGUUCCGGCUCUUCAGUGCGGACUACAAGAAGAAUGAAGAUCUGCAUCAGAUGCUGGAGAGCAACAAGGAUUCGCUUAAACUGGAGGCCAUGAAGAGAAUUGUUGGGAUGAUUGCUAAAGGAAAGAAUGCUUCGGAGUUAUUUCCUGCUGUGGUGAAGAAUGUGGCCAGUAAAAACAUUGAGUUGAAGAAAUUGGUAUAUGUUUACCUUGUACGUUAUGCGGAGGAGCAACAAGAUUUGGCCUUGUUAUCAAUAAGUACAUUUCAGCGUGCAUUGAAGGACCCUAAUCAGUUGAUUCGGGCAAGUGCUUUGCGAGUUCUAUCCAGUAUCAGAGUAUCAAUCAUUGUUCCAAUCAUGAUGCUGUCUAUUAAGGAAGCUGCUGGUGACUUGUCUCCAUAUGUCCGGAAAACUGCCGCCCAUGCUAUUCAGAAACUUUACAGUCUAGAUCCAGAGCAGAAAGAACCUUUAGUGGAGGUUAUUGAAAAGCUACUGAAAGACAAAAGUACGCUAGUGGCCGGAAGUGUUGUAAUGUCAUUUGAGGAAGUCUGCCCAGAGCGAAUUGACCUGAUUCACAAAAAUUACCGCAAGCUAUGUAACUUGUUGGUAGAUGUGGAGGAGUGGGGACAGGUUGUCAUAAUCAACAUGCUCACUCGCUAUGCCCGAACCCAGUUUCUAAGCCCGUGGAAAGAGGAAGAGUUGUAUGAAGCAAAUAAUGAAAAAGAUUUCUAUGAUUCUGAUGAAGAAAAGAAAAAUAAUGGUGGCGUUGCUGCAAAAAAACCAUAUAUGAUGGACCCAGAUCACCGCCUGCUCCUUCGUAACACCAGGCCUUUACUACAAAGCAGAAAUGCAGCUGUUGUAAUGGGGGUUGCUCAGCUUUACUGGCAUCUUGCACCAAAGUCAGAGGUCAGCAUUGUUGCAAAGUCUUUGGUUCGAUUGCUUCGAAGCCACAGAGAAGUACAGUACAUUGUUUUACAGAAUAUUGCUACAAUGUCUAUACAAAAAAAGGGGAUGUUUGAGCCAUAUUUGAAAAGCUUUUAUGUUCGGUCAACUGAUCCAACACAGAUAAAAGUUUUGAAGCUCGAGAUUCUGACAAACCUGGCCAGUGAAACCAACAUCUCUAUAGUCUUACGAGAGUUUCAGACUUAUGUGAAAAGUCAGGACAAACAAUUUGCUGCAGCCGCAAUUCAGGCAAUUGGAAGAUGUGCUACCAAUAUUUCUGAAGUUACCGAUACCUGUCUUACUGGGUUGGUCUAUCUCCUGUCCAACAGAGAUGAAAACGUUGUUGCAGAAAGUGUAGUGGUCAUUAAGAAACUGCUCCAGACUCAACCAUCACAACACAGUGAAAUCAUUAAACAUAUGGCUAAGCUUCUAGAUAAAAUUACAGUAUCCAUGGCUCGUGCUAGCAUCCUGUGGCUGAUAGGUGAAUACUGUGAGCAUGUACCAAAGAUUGCACCGGAUGUCCUAAGGAAAGUGGCGAAGGGCUUUAUAAAUGAAAAGGAGAUAGUGAAACUGCAAAUUCUAAAUCUGGGAGCUAAACUCUAUCUAACAAAUCCAAAGCAGACAAAAUUGCUUAUGCAGUACAUAUUAAAUGUAGCCAAGUAUGAUCAGAACUAUGACAUUAGAGAUCGUACAAGAUUUAUCAAGCAGCUGAUAGUUCCAAAUGAGAAGAGUGGAGCUUUAAGCAAAUAUGCCAAGAAAAUAUUCCUUGUCCAGAAGCCAGCACCAGUCCUCGAAUCUCCAUUUAAAGAUAGAGAUCGUUUCCAACUGAGCACGUUAUCGCACUCACUGAAUACUAAAGCAAAUGGGUAUCUGGAGCUUCCAGAUUGGCCGCAGACGGCCCCUGACCCUUCUGUCCGAAAUGUGGAAGUCAUUCAGCCAACUAAAGAAGUGGUAACACCUGUAGGUAAACUAAAAGCAAGAAAGGACUCUUCAGAAGACAAGUUUUACUCUGAUUCUGAGGAGCAGGAAGAAUCCAGUGAAGGCAGUACAUCUAGUAAUGAGAGUGAAACUGACAGCAAGAGUGAAGAUAGCAGUGCAAGUUCAAGUGAAGAUUCAAGUGACAGUGAAUCGGAGAAAGAGAAAGAGGAAAGUGAAAAUUGUGAUGCAGAAAAUGGCAAAACCAAAUCCAAAAAGCUAAAAUCUACAACUACCAGUGAGUCAGAGGAAAGUUCAUCUGAAGAUAGUUCUGAAUCUGAGAGUGACUCUGAAGUCGACAACAUUGUGAAACAAAAGAAAGAGAGUAAAACAAUGUCACAGGUCAAGGACGCUGUCAAGCGGGAAGUUUCGCUGCUCGACUUGGUUGACCUUUCUGAUGUGUCAACACCAAUAGCUGUCCCUAAACCUGCAAUGACUUCAAGAUUAGCCGCUGAUUUGGAAGGAUUAUCACUUUCCAGUGAUUCUUCUGUCAUAAGUGUUAUCACUCCUGUAUUUGUUCCAGCAAAAUCAUAUGAGCUACUUCAUCGUAUGUCUGGAAAAGGUCUUGGAGCACGAUAUCACUUUCCACGUCAACCAUGUAUUUACAACCCCAAAAUGGUGUCUGUUCAUAUCACAUUCACCAAUAGCUCUGACCAAGAAAUUCGGAACAUCCAAAUCGGAGAGCGGAAGCUUGCAUCGGGGAUGAAAAUGCAUGAUUUCCAUGAAAUAGACAGCCUUGAGCCUGGGACAUCACAGACAGUUUCAAUGGGCAUUGAUUUCUGUGACUCCACACAAGCUGCUAACUUUCAACUAUGCACAAGCAAUGAUCAGUUCAGCGUGAGCAUCCAACCUCCAGUAGGCGAACUGCUUCUGCCGAUCACAACGUCUGAAAAGGAUUUCAUAAAAGAACAAGGAAAACUGACAGGAAUGAAUGAAAAUUCUACAACUAUAACAGGUGCACCACAGAACAACUCCUGCCAGGCAAUUGUGAAUAAGGUGGUAAGCAUGGCUAAUAUUGGAGUGGUGCCUUCUAGCCAAGAUAACAUACACAGAUUUGCAGCUAAAACUGUGAACAGUGGAGCUUUGGUACUAAUCACAAUGCAAGUGAAGGAAGGCUCAACAGUACAACUCAGCAUAAACACGGAAAAGACUGUGAUUGGUUCAGUACUGCUGCGAGAACUUAAGACUGUGCUGUCUCAAGAGUGAACAGGGUAGAUCUACAAGCAAGCGUCUAGCAGACGGUGUGCUGGCUAGCCACUGCUAUCAUUUUUCACUUAUAAUAGAUUCCCUUCCACUACACACUUGCAAUCUUGCAUCCUACUUUGAAAUUCCAAUAUUUACCUAAACUCAAUACAUUUAACUUUGCUGAUUGAUAAGCCAACACAUUUCCAUAUAACUAACUAAACUCUGAGAUACUAACUUUGGAGUUGGCUAUGUUUUCCAUUGAUUAUUUCCAUAUGUUGCUAAGGGUACAUUUUUCUUGUGGGUAAAUGUUGAAUGCGGGUUAACAUUGUAACCUGUUGUUCUGCAUUGGCUCUCUCCAGAGAUGUGUGGAGCAACUAAUCAUAACUGGUUUCCAAGAAAUGUAUCUGAAAGUAAAGAUGGUUGCAAAAGGAUCAUGCCCAGACGUACAGUCUAUUUGUGAAGAAUUCUAGAAAAAAGUUGUGCCAUAAUAUCUUCUCAGUCAUCCUCAGCCCCUCCCACAUUUGACUGAAAUUGUAUUGGUACAAAAUUCAAAACCAAAAGUAAAAUUCAUCCAAAGAAAUUUAUAUCUUUGUCCAAAAGUAAUUUUUGAUUACUGUUUGCUUUAAUGUUGCUUUAAGACCCUUCACACUGCAGAGCUUAUCUCAGUACUUUGUGUCGUGCCUAUAUAAUUGUGGUCAAAUAGGAUGCUUUCACUUCUUGGAUCGUUCUAAAGAAAGUGAAACACUGGAUCUCUGAAAUUAAAACAAUCCUUGGUAAAAGUACAAAGCAGUUUGGUGUGUAAAUGCAAGAAAUGUUGAUUUAAGUGUAAAUCAUUAUCUGAAUUCAAUCAGUUCUAGUAGUAAAAUGUAUUCUGCAAAUGUCAUAAGCAAACUUUGGCUUCUAGGGUUUGAGCAGCUAGGAUUCUGUUACCAACACACAUCAUGUGUCAGAUUUUGGAGAGCACACUUUCCUUCAGAUCCCAUCUCCUUCAUUAAGGAACUAGCUUCAAAUUGUUCUCAUACACCUCCUAGUGGCUGGCUUGUUACAUACAUUUCAGAAGCUUGGAAAGGAGUCACCAUCAAGCAGUAUUGCAAGGCUACAAAGAGGAACAGUAUUCUUAACUCCUUCCUUCUCCCUGUUGUAAUGGUUCUGAAUCAUGCCAUUCUUAAAGAUCUAAAAAAAUACUGAGAUGGUUUUGAGUAGAACAGAAUCUUCAAUGAGGUAAUUGUUAGUAAACAUGCUUAAAAAUACCUCAACAAUAUUUUACCAAUGAUUAUUAGAGUUUACAGAGUUUGCUGUUUAGAUCUUUCUGGAUGAUUUUUGCAGAAUGCAAUUUCUUGGAGUUUAAAGCAGCUUUUCCUAAUCAUAAAUGGGAAAAAAGUAGUCUGUGCUUGAUUUAUUUUGUUUUAGAACAAAUUGGAAAAUAAUGUAAUAAAUCUUGGUAGCUUUUUUUUCCAUGUCAAAGUAAAAGGGGGAAAUGGCUGUUUAUGGAACAGCUUGCUUGCAUCUUAAUCUUGAUUAUGUGCCAGUUCUCCAAUUACUAUUGUUAGUCUAUUGAGAAUAGUCACUAACAGUACUUGGAGAUGCUUGUAAUGCUGUUUAUUUUCUUCCUCCAUCAUUUGUUUUGGAAGUAAAAUGCAAAAGUGUGCUUAUUAAAUUUCCAAAUGGCUGAGUGCUGCAACUAGAUUUGGUCUAUAUGUGUGCAGUAAUUAUUUAAUGAUUAGGAUUCCAAACAGUAUUUUUCCCCAUGUUCUGUGUAGUUGUUACAUUAGGGACUUGUGUUUGCUGGUGUACAGCUGCUUCAGUUGAUUUACAGUACUGUGGCUGUGGCCAGUCAUAAAUAAAUCCUCUUAUAUAGUUGUUAUGAACACCUGUUAGAUCAUCUGUCAGCAAAGCGCUGUUCACAUUUAUCAUGGUGCGGUAGCUAUUUUACCUCAAUCCAUUUACAGCAGAGUCUGCCUCCAUCACUGUAUUACUAUUACUGCACCAUAAUCACUCGUUUCCACUCCGUGUACAACUUGCAGAUAAAAGAUUUCAGUACUUGGCAAAAUUUCAUAAAUAAAGGAGCAGUUCACUGCAGUAAAAGUUUAUUUUUGUCAUCAUUUGUCACACUAUUAUACCAUAAAUCAAAUAGAAUAGUACUAUCCCCAGUGCAGACAGCUCUGUCAGCCUAGACAUGGAAAUGGUCUGUUUCUCUGUAGAUGAGAUGGCAUGUCUUUCGACUUUAACGGACUGAUGGCUUUUCUCACUCAUUUGAUUUUAUUGGAUUUAAAAACCUAGAGGAUUAUUGAGGCUGGUGAACCUCAGAGCCAGUUCUGUGAGAACAUUUCUGACAUGAUAAUUGAACCAUAUUUGUUAUUGGCAGAUUUUGCUUGGUAAACAAAGCCUGCUGCGUUAACAAGUCAAAUUUAUUCUGAAAUGGCAAGGGUUGUUGUGCAGUAUUUAAUAGAGUGGAUAGAUCUGCUGAAAAGGCUUUGCAGGAAAGAGAUCAGAUUAAAUAGGAAGAUAGAGAUCAUUUACAAUCUUAAAUAUUAUAUCUAAGUAUUUUACUUUAUAACAGUGAAAACUGGUCGAUUUUUACUUUUUUAUGAUUUUGGCUUAGAAACAUUAAAUAUCAGUGCUUCCUUUUAAUCUGUGUAUCCAAUGCCCAGUCUUAAUGGUCUCCAAUAUUUCCAUGGCAAUUCUGGACACUAACUUUACCAAAAGACAAGCUCACUUAAUUCAACAUAAUGUGCAAAUACUUAAAUAACAGUCAUUGAUCCACUUUCUUCUACCCCUCCCUCACCUAGUUGGCCUUAACAGUGUAACAUUUCUCAAGUGGUAUCUUUCUAUAUGUUCUCAUUUUUGAAUAGCCUUUCCAUCUUUGUUCUUUUUUUACCCCUCAUUUGUUUAAUGCUUUGUCAUACCCAAUUUGGCAGCAACAUUUAUGGGAACAGACUCGGCAGUAUUUACUGGGUGCAAUAUGAAUGUGCUAUAUUUCACUGGUGAUUCACACACGAUUCAUCUAGCAAUUCCACAAUUGUAGUAAUAUUGCAUUUCUAGAGAACAUAUUCUCCACUUCACUGCAGACAGCUGUCUAUCUAACUGCUGUAGUUACAGGAGACGCAUAUAUAUCAGUUAUAUAGACAGUGAACUGUAGAAUAUUUACUUUAGGAAGGCAUAAGGUAUUACAAGAACAGAACUAUUGGAUGAAACAUGGUAUGUUUACAUUUCACUUGUUGUAGGUGACUGCUUGGCUGAAUCAAUGGGGUUAGUUAUAGAGUCUAUUGACCACAUGCACUACAAAAAAAGAAGUCAAUCUAGUCACUACCAUUUUAAAGAAAUGGUUGGUUGAUGAUAUCAAAGUUAUCAAUGAUGCAAGUCCUUUUUCUGAGCAUUCUGUUUGAGAUGUCUGAUAUCUUUAUAUAUAUUAAAUAUGCGUUUGAACCCAGAGCAUCUUGGUUUCAUGAAAUCUUAGCGGACUUUCGCUUUCACCACCAGCUCCAAUUGUAUUAAUUUGACCCCCACACUAUGAUGAUGUUUAAUGCAUGACGAUGGUCUACACUACCCAAAUAGAUCUUUGUAAUAUUUCUAAGACAAUCUAACUGACAAGUUUGUGGCUUUCAGCACUCCCUUGAAAGGAUUGAAAUCCUCAUCUCAAAUUGAUCAUCUGUCUUGUAAAUGUUUAAAUGCACGUUCAGAUUUAAAACUAAUUCUAAAUUUCUUUCUGUAUCCAUGUGCUGAGAAUUAAGAACAUCUUUAAUUAAAAUAUUUUUCCCAUUCUCAUUAAUCUUGUCAGGGAUGGUUUUGCCAACUGACUGAAAAUUGAUUCUUGCAAGGCUUUGUUAUAUUUUCCAUGGUUCCUUUUCAAUCCAUUGAACCUAUUUAUGGUCACAGACUGAUUUGUGAGCAGCCAUCUUGAGCGUUCCUUAUUUUAAAGACAUCGUCUCUCAACCUCGGUGAUAAAAUGAGUGUUUCUGAUGUAUUGAUUUUUUCCAACCUGUCUGGCAUUAAAUAAAAUUGUGAUCUGGCACCCUUAA